CGUGCCCCCUCAGGAGGGUCUCGCGCCCCCUCGGGCCGCCAUGGCCACCCCGCCCAAGCGCGGGCGGCACGACCGCCGCGUCAAGAAGGUCGCCGUGGAGGGCAACAUCGCUGCAGGGAAAUCCACCUUUGUGAGUCUUCUGAAACAAGCCAAUGAGGAGUGGGAAGUGGUUCCUGAACCCAUAGCUAGAUGGUGCAAUGUCCAGCAAAACUCUGGAAAUGACUGUGAGGAGCUGAGCACAUCCCAGAAGAACGGUGGGAACGUGCUGCGGAUGAUGUACGAGAAGCCGGAGAGGUGGGCCUUCACCUUCCAGACCUACGCGUGUCUCAGCAGGAUCCGGGCCCAGCUCAGCGUCCUCGAGGGCAAACUCCAGGACGUGGAGAAUCCCGUGGUCUUCUUCGAGCGGUCUGUCUACAGCGACAGGUACAUCUUUGCAGCUAAUUUGUACGAGUCUGAUUGCAUGACUGAGACUGAGUGGACUAUUUACCAAGACUGGCACAACUGGAUGAAUGAGCAGUUUGGUUCGAAGCUGGCGCUGGAUGGGAUCAUUUAUCUCAGAGCCACUCCGGAGAAAUGCCUGAAUAGGAUUUUCGUGCGAGGAAGAGAGGAGGAACAAGAAAUCCCCAUUGAGUAUCUGGAGAAGCUUCACUACAAACACGAAAGUUGGCUCCAGCAUAGGACACUGCGGACAGAUUUUGACUAUCUGCAGGAAAUUCCAAUUUUGACGCUAGAUGUUAAUGAAGAUUUCAAAGGCAAAAAGGACAGAUACGACCACAUGAUCGAAAAGGUCAAAGAAUUUUUGAGCACAUUAUAAUCCUCUUUGAAGUGCAGACAGAGCCAAACCAUUCCAAACAUCUGUGCGAUCAAAGUCUCAAGUGCAGCUUCUGCUUUUAUAGAGGGCCUCUGGAGAGGCAGGACUCAAUCCUGGUGAUUUGACUGUGAGGAACAAAUAAACUUUGUGAAUAGGGAAAUUACUAAAUAAA